AGCACACGGGGUAGGCGGGGAGGCGGAAGUGGGCGGAGCUCCCAUUGACUGGGAAAUGUCAGCUGCUUGACUGGACAGAUUGCCCUUUCUCGGGAGCCUGGAGGCCUUCUGGUGACCCCCGAGUGUGGGUCUCAGACCCUGGACGGCUGUGGCGGACGCGAAGCUUCCCGGUCCCUUCCAGACGCUGUCUGGCGAGAUCGGACGGUGAGCCCGAGGGGGGCGCGUGUGAGGCGCGUUGGGGUCUGGGGUCCUGGCCGAGCGCUGACGGAGAUAGAAGGGAGCCCAGGAGAGAGAGCGGCCGCCGCCUCGAGGCCCACCCUGGCCUCUUCCCUCCGCCUAGGUGAGAGGCUGCAGGCCUGGAGGAUCACACCUGCUAGUCUCUUUGCCAUAAAGCGUCUUCCACUGGGGAGAGGCCGCCCUUAGGACUGCGUCGGUGGACAGGAUCCUUCCCACAUCUGUAAAAUAGGAACGAAGACGACGCACAUCUCACAGGCUUGAAGUGAGGAUCAAAUGAGAUGAUGAGUGUGAAAGUCUGUUGAGAAGUAAAGCGCAGUUCACAGGAGAAGCGGUGGUUUAAUUUUAGAGGAGCUGGAGACCGCAGUGGUUCCUGCGUGCUGUAGGAAAGCUGCGUUUCUUCUUGCAGCCUGGACAAGCCUCGUACACGCUAAGCAAGGGAGUAAAUAAGAUGACGAUAUGUUUUCAAAGGGCUUUACCUGCAAGCAAGAGGCCACCAGCAAUGCCAUUUGGAUAUACUAGCUCAAGCGAUUUCGUCCGUUUUCCUGGCCCCCUAAAAGCACGCUGCAUUUAGCUUAUCUCUGAUUGGAAGAGGUUGGGGGCGCUUAGGGUAGGGAGCAUGCCAUAUUCCAGGCACAGAUGACCCCCCGAAAUCCACUGUGCAAAGUAUACUAAAACUGUGACCCUGGAAAAACAGUGGGAGAGGGAAGGAGGUUGAAUUCUAACCCUAAUAGAAACGAAGAAGACUUAAUAAAGUUCAGAAAUAAGCAAGUCUGUUUCAUCACAAGCAUAUUAGAAUAUUAAUUCAGUAUGCUUUAUGAUACGCUUGUGUUUCUUUGAAAACAAACUAAAUUCGCUUUACACUCCCUUGCCCAGUGAAUAGAUAUGGUUCAAAACUGUACAUGAAUAACUUCAGUUACUCAGAGUAAACAUUCAAUAAUGAGUAGUGCAGCUUUGGGACUCGAGAUUGUUUUUGUCUUUUUUCUGGCUUUAUUUCUACUUCAUCGAUACGGAGACUUCAAGAAACAGCAUAGACUUGUAAUUGUUGGAACACUGCUUGCUUGGUAUCUCUGCUUUCUUAUCGUCUUCAUACUGCCUCUGGAUGUUAGUACGACGAUUUACAACCGGUGCAGGCAUGCUGCUGCAAAUUCAAGCCCUCCAGAGAGUAGCAACAGCACAGGAUCAUAUGGAAUUAUUUCCCCUGUUCCAAGACAACAUCCAUGUUUUAAGCCAUGGAGUUACAUUCCUGAUGGAAUCAUGCCAAUUUUCUGGAGGGUAGUAUAUUGGACAUCACAAUUUUUAACAUGGAUUCUGUUACCUUUUAUGCAGUCAUAUGCAAGAUCUGGAGGGUUUUCCAUCACUGGAAAGAUAAAAACUGCACUGAUUGAAAAUGCAAUCUACUAUGGCACCUAUUUGCUAAUUUUUGGAGCAUUUUUAAUUUAUGUAGCUGUAAACCCACGUUUGCAUUUAGAAUGGAACCAACUGCAGACAAUUGGUAUAGCUGCUGCUAAUACGUGGGGUCUGUUUCUUCUUGUGUUAUUGUUGGGGUAUGGCUUGGUGGAAAUUCCUCGGUCAUACUGGAAUGGAGCGAAAAGAGGUUAUCUACUAAUGAAGACUUAUUUUAAGGCAGCCAAACUGAUGACAGAGAAAGCGGAUGCAGAAGAGAAUUUAGAAGAUGUUAUGGAGGAAGUUCGUAAAGUGAAUGAAAGCAUCAAGUAUAACCACCCACUGAGAAAGUGUGUUGACACAAUACUCAAAAAGUGCCCUAUAGAGUAUCAGGAAAAAAUGGGAAGGAACAUGGAUGAUUAUGAAGAUUUUGAUGAAAAGCGUAAUACUUAUCCAAGUGAAAAAAGUCUGGUAAAAUUGCAUAAACAGGUGAUUUAUUCAGUUCAGAGGCACCAUCGAACUCAAGUACAAUGGCAAAUUCUUUUGGAACAAGCAUUUUAUCUAGAAGACGUAGCAAAAAAUGAAACCAGUGCCACCCGUCAGUUUGUUUACACCUUUCAGCCCCCAGAGCCAGAAAAUCGAUUUAUCCAAUAUUUUUAUAAUCCUAAAGUUGAAUGGUACUGGGAAUGUCUUUUACGACCAUGGUUUUACAGGAUUCUUGCUGUGGUUUUGUCCAUCUUUUCCGUGAUUGUUGUGUGGUCAGAGUGCACGUUCUUUAGCACAACUCCUGUCUUAUCCCUCUUUGCAGUCUUCAUACAGCUGGCAGAAAAAACGUACAAUUAUAUUUAUAUUGAGAUUGCUUGCUUCCUUUCCAUCUUCUUCCUCAGUAUUUGUGUUUAUUCUACUGUAUUCAGGAUUCGUGUAUUUAACUAUUAUUACUUGGCUUCACAUCACCAGACUGAUGCUUACAGUCUACUUUUCAGUGGCAUGUUAUUUUGCCGUUUGACUCCUCCUUUAUGUCUUAAUUUCUUGGGUUUGACCCAUAUGGAUUCUUCCAUCUCUCACCAGAAUACUCAACCAACUGCUUAUACAUCUAUUAUGGGUUCCAUGAAAGUUUUAUCCUUUAUUGCAGAUGGAUUCUACAUAUAUUAUCCUAUGUUAGUGGUAAUUCUCUGCAUUGCUACUUAUUUUAGUUUGGGAACCCGUUGUUUGAAUCUGCUUGGUUUCCAGCAGUUUAUGGGAGAUAAUGAUAUGACAUCAGACUUAAUUGAUGAAGGAAAAGAACUAAUCAAACGAGAGAAGAGAAAAAGGCAAAGGCAAGAAGAAGGUGAAAAUCGAAGAAGAGAAUGGAAAGAACGUUAUGGACACAAUAGAGAAGAUUCCACUAGGAAUAGAAAUGUUCAUUCUGAUCCAAAAGAGUCAAAUUUCUCAGCUAGUAAUACCACUUGGUCAUCCAAAUAUACCAGGGCUAAUAAUAGGACUGAAAGGGACCGAAUAGAACUUCUCCAAGAUGCAGAACCUUUGGAUUUUAAUGCAGAAACAUUCAAUGAUGAUCCUCUUGAAUCUGAAUCAGGAAGGUAUCAGCCUGGAGGACGAUAUCUCUCAAUGUCUUCCAGUAUAAUAUUUGAAGAUAUCUAAAGUCUCAAAAAGUUUAUGAAACAACUAAACAAGGUCAACACAUCACAUCAGUUCAGUUUUUAUGCACAUCUAUGUGCCCCAGAAUUUCUUGCCUACUCUCAAUAAAAAUGUCAGUAUAACAAAAAAGGCACCAUGAGUUAAUUACAGCUUAGUUUAUUAAACAGUAUUUUAUUUUCUAAUAAGAUUUAUUACACACCAUUCCCUAAGUGUCUGCCUUCUAAGUACAGUUACAGUGGAAGGAUUUCAUUCAUGAUAAAGAUCAGUGUAUGUUGAGAACAUAUACUUUAGUUUCAUGUGAAUUUUUUUCAGGAGAGUUAUUUAAAGGUUCAAGGAAGUUCAUAAGUCAUAGGUUCAUAAGUCAUACUAAAUAUCAUACAUUUUAUUACUGUGAUUUACAGUUUUGCUGUUUCUAAAAAAUAUGUUCAACCUAUAUUUCCCAAAGAAAUAUAAGCGAAUGGAGACCUCAAAUAAUAACCAUAUUCACAAACCCCUGUCUUAAAACAAAACUUACUAGACAUAUCUGAAUGUAAAAAGUUCUUUUUCAAAUCUGUAUGCAAAUUUGUGGGGUAUUUUGCAUGAAUAAUUAGGAUUAUAUUUCAACUAAUAGUGUUAAUGUCUUUAGCAUGUAUAUGAUGAUCAGAUUUUUUCAAUCUUUUUAGUAACUGGAUUUAAAAAAUGCUGUGGUAUUGCUUUAAAAAAGAUUUUCAUUUCAGAGGGAAAUAAUCACUUUCAGCAUUUAGCAUAUUGUUUUUUUUUAGCAUAUUGAUUUAAGUAUUGAUCAUUCCAUUCAAGGGAAAAUCUUAAAUAUUAAUGAUAAAUAGAUUUUUUCAUAGCCAAAGAGUUCUGCAGAAUUGUCCUUUUAAAGGUUCUUGUUUACACUUUUUGAAAAGAAAAUGUGGCUAUUCAAAGAUAAAACAUGUCUAUUUACUACUCAAAUUGUGCUUUAUAGAAAAUAGAAAACUGUAUGAGAACAGAAAUGUAUAAUAAUAACUUGUUGGUUAAAUGUGCUUAUUAUUUCAACUUGAUUGUUUUAAUCUUUGUGCUUAAGCCACAGUUAGGUAUUACAUUUUAAAGCACCAGUAUUUUACUGUACAGUAAACGUGGCAAAAUGCAACAUGCUUACAGUUUUUUGUGGCUUUGAAAAUAUUGAUAACUAUUGUAGAAUCAGUGCUACAUUGGGUGACCAUACUAGAGCUUGCCUCUCAUUUUUUCUUUCUUGGUGGUACUGGGAAUUGAACUCCGGGCCUUCAAACUGAGCUACAUCCCAGGCCCUGUUUUGUUUUGUUUUGUUUUGUUUUGUUUUGUUUUGUUUUGUUUUGUUUUGUUUUUUUUUGUGAUAGUCUCAUGAAGUCAUGAAGUGGGCUUGAACUUGUGAUCCUCCUGUUUCAGCCUCUAAGAAUGCUGGGAUUACAAAUGUAAGCCACUAUACCUUGCUGCUCAUUCUCAGUUUAACACUUACUAUCCCUGUAAUUAUUACUAGUGCUCAUUUUCCAUUUCAAGUAUCUCCAUUUGAAGAUGUAGUCUAGGAUUAUCCUAAUGAUAUGAUUAUAUGUUUCUUGAAGAAAAAUUUUCUGAGUCAUAAAUUUAAAAAUUUUACUUUCUCUUUAACGAGUGUUAUCAUGUAAAUUUUUAAAAACAUAGUUCUAUGCAAGUACUAAAUAUUUUUGUUGUUGUUGUUGUGGUGCUGAAGAUAAAAUCCAAGACCUUGCGUAUGCUAGCAAGUGCACUACUACUGAGCUAAACCCACAGCCCCUAUCUGUUUUUUGAUCUUUGAGUUUUAAUGAUCUUUGAGAUUAUAUCCCCUUUAAAAUAAUUGUUAAUGGAUAGAUGUAUUCUCAUUUGAAGAUCAUAUAGCCUGUUCAUUUGAGGACACACAUAUAGCCUUUUAUUGCCAAGUCUGGUCAGAGAGCAAUAGGCCAGGAGAAGUGAUAAUUUAGUAUUGUUUGUAAUUUCAUGAUUGACUCUGAAUACUUUGGGCAAACCAUGUAACCUUUCAGUGCCUCAGUUUCCUCAUUUGCAAAAUGAAGAAGAUACUUGCUAUUUCCCUACUGAUCCACCUCGCAAAACUAUUGUGAGGGAGUUGAACUGAGGUUUAUGUGUAGGAGUUUAGACAGAAGAAAGGUCACCCGUGCUAUGUCCCCUAGUGGGGACCUGAAGGUGUUGGGUGGGAAAAUGAUCUUUCCAGAAAGGGGUCCAGUUUCUUGUGGUCACAGAGAAGCUUACAAAUUCUCAAAGCAAAAACUCUUCCUGAAUUAAUUCAUCAAAAGUCCUGUGAAAAUCUUUUUUAGUAAUUGGUCUAGUAUUUGGGUUUACUUUGGAAUAUUUUUCUUAAGAAUAAUGUGUCUCAUCCAGUUUUGUCAUGAAACUUAGAUGCUAUUGUAAAAAAAGCAGAAAAAGAAAGAGAUUUUCCAGUUACUUUAAUAACUAACUUUUAUAGUGCCAUAGGUGAAAAUUGAUAGGAUGUAUAAAGGAAUGUUACUCUUUCCUUUAGUAUUAAUUUGUUUAUGGUUACAAUAAUUGAAGCACAUGUAUGUUUAUGUUACAGAUAUUAUAGAUUCCCUUUGACUUUUGAGUUAUUUCCAAAAUAAUUUUUGGUUAGUUCUGUGAUCCCAAGUCUUCAAAUUUUAAAGCAGUUUGUCUUAUAGAAUUUUAUAUGCAACUACAUAGGAAAGUUACUUUGCUGGAUAAAUUUGAGUUUGAAAGGCAUUGAUUUAACCCCUGAAGAUUAAGAGUUUAUUUCUAGGGAACUAAGUUAAUAUUUGUUAAACCUUAUGUAAAAAACUGUAUAUAAACAAAAAGUUUUCUAUUUUGAGAAGCUUAUUAACAUGUAAUGACAUCAAUUGUAAAAUAUUACUACUAAAUUCAUAUACUUUAUGUGCAAAGCGCAUUUCUUAAAGACUAUUUCUGGUAAUUACUUUUUGAUCUCUUUCUUACAUGAUAAUGAGUAUCUGAUUAGAGUUUUCUAAAUUAUUUUUCUAAAUAGUUGUUAAGCAAGGAAUUCAGUAAGCUAGUGAUUCAGAAUAACCAUUGCAGAAAGUAAUACUGACCUAUAAAUUUCAUGAAUCACUUGUAAAUUGCUAGUUAAUUUUUUAAUGACACAAAUAACUUACAAUCAAUAGAACAUUUUUGGUCAAAAACUUUUUUUUGGUUCAGUACUGAGGAUUGAACCUAGGGCCCUUGCACUGAGAUACAUCCCAUCCCUUUAAAAAUGUUUUUCCUUUAAGACAGUAUCUCACCAAGUUGCUAAGUUGCCUGGGCUGGGUUUGAACUUACAGUCCACCUAUCUCAGCCUCCCCAAAUGCCACUAUGUCUAGCUUAAAAAACAUUCUUAAGAAAUAAAAUAUAUAUCUAAUUAUUAAAAAUUAGCUCUCUUCCAGAUGAAUAGAGGGGCUUUCGAAUAAUUUCAUGGUACAAAAGGCCCUCUUUUUACAAAAGUGGAAGAAACUAAAUCAAAGGAUUACCUUUCCUUUUAUAAAGACUGGAUCAGAAUUUCAACAAUGCAAAAAUUCGAAGAGUAAUGCUGUUAUUUGAUUUGUUUUUUGCCUCGACUAUUCAUUUAAAUUAUCAAUCCUGAAAUUUAAGCAGAAUAUGUACCUAAGUUAAAUGUGGGUAGGAAUGUCAACCUAUAUGCUUUUAAAAAGUGUGUUUUAGCAUGUUAAUGAAGGAAUUUCAUUUAUGUUCAAUAGCAGACUUCAUUUUCAAUAUGUUUAAUAGUUUUAAGGAAUGUUCUUGGUGGCGUAUUGAUUACCAUAGUAAAGGAAAAAUACAUUCUCUGUAUUACAAUGCACACUGUUCAGUAAGAUAAAUUUUAUACUUGUGAUUUGAGUGGGCUAAGCCUGAAAAUCAGAAGGAUAACAGUAUAUUUGCACUAAAAGACAUGUUCCUGAGAAACCUUAGCAUACUCAAACUAUACUAGAUUGUACUAAAUGUUAAGAAGUAAAUGGAUUUAAGGUUUUGUCUUUCUUUUCUGCUGCUUUUGUCACUUCUUCCUUUCUUAUGCCUUCCUUUCUGAGACCUCUCUUUAUCAUAUGGCUUUCAAAGUGCUAAUAGAUUUUUCUUCUGUUUUGCAUGUACAGUUGUUUUUGAUGGGUAGUACAUUCAAAAGGAACUACAUCUGACUAUAAAUCCCACUACUAGUAAUAGUAGUAAUGUAUGUACUUAAUGUAAAGUAGUGAAACAGAUUGUGCUAGACAACCAAACCACAUCUGAAGGUAAAUGAAGUAUGCUGGGUUAGUAUGUUGUUACUUGGGUCACUAAGGAGGGCACGUCAAUGAAAUAAUUAUUUCAAUGUAAUGUUUUCCCUUAAAAAUAUAUUCCCCCAAAAGGGACAAAAACAUAUCCCAAACAUUUAGACCCUUGAGACCCCUUUUUUCAUAAAAGGAAUUCAUAAAUAAUAAUAUAUUAUUAAAAAUUCCCUUAGGAGUGUUGAAACAAUAUAAGAGGAUUACAGGAGGUUUUCUGAAAUAUGAAUACCUCUCUGUGUAGGUGUGCUUUCAACUCAGUGACUUUUUCCUCCCCAGAGACUUGAGAUACCAGGCCAAGUUACCCUUUCCAAGCUCCUAGAGACCAGACCCUAUGAGUCAUCAGCCCCAGUAGCUACCCCCUUCUCAUUGGACAGGGACUAUGUCUUACCUCUAAUUCCUUCCAUGCCAUGCCUGGUUUAACUAAAACUUUAUUUUUAUUUUCAAAGAUUUGAUCAUUGAGGUCAGCUGAGGCUUUG